AUAGCCCACUCACAAAAAACACAGAACACAAAGUCACAAACACAACAAUGGUCUCAUCAGAUCAAAACCUCUUUCACUACAGCCUCCUAACUCUGUACCUCAUAGGGCCCCCAACCUUCAUCUCCCUCAGGUUCCUCCAAGCCCCAUAUGGCAAACACAACCGUCCUGGUUGGGGUCCCACCAUGUCCCCACCUUUAGCUUGGUUCCUCAUGGAAAGCCCCACUUUAUGGCUCACCCUUCUUCUCUUCCCCUUUGGGUCCCACUCUUCGAACCCCAAAUCUCUCUUUCUCAUCUCCCCCUUUCUUUUCCACUAUUUCCACAGAACCUGCAUAUACCCACUUCGCCUUCACAUCAACAACAAUAAGAGUAAGACCAAUAAUGGCGGCUUCCCAGUGUCAGUGGCAAUGAUGGCUUUUGUGUUCAAUCUUUUGAAUGCUUACUUACAAGCCAGAUGGGUGUCUCAGUAUAAGGAUUAUGAAGGUGAUGGGUGGUUCUGGUUGAGGUUUUUUAUUGGGUUGGUGGUGUUUUUAGGUGGCAUGGGUGUGAAUAUUUGGUCAGAUAGAGUUUUGGUGGCUCUGAAAAAGGAAGGUAAAGGUUAUAGGGUGCCAAGAGGAGGUUUGUUUGAGCUUGUGAGUUGUCCAAACUAUUUUGGGGAGAUUGUGGAGUGGCUUGGUUGGGCAGUGAUGACUUGGUCUUUUGCUGGACUAGGUUUUUUCCUCUACACGUGUGCCAAUUUGGUGCCUAGGGCACGUGCGAACCAUAUGUGGUACUUGGAUAAGUUUGGGGAGGAUUAUCCCAAGGGAAGAAAAGCUGUAAUUCCCUUCUUGUAUUGACACAAAAAAGUUCUUUUUUUGUUUUCCUUUUGCGUUGGUUUUUGGGGAUUUGGAUGUGUAAUUGCUAUUAGUACUUUAUAAACAAAGAUUUGGAUUUA